UCCAAAUGUCUGUCAAACCGACGGGGUAGGGUGUAGUGAGCAGAGCAAGGAGCGGCGACGAGUCGUCUGAGCCCACAGUGACAGGGCGUUAUUUACAUGAUCAUAAUAUAAAAGAGAGAGAAAUAAACACCGAAUUGCACCUAGAAAUCUAUCUUUAACAAUCUGUCGGUCAUGGAGUCUUACGACAUUAUAGCAAACCAGCCGGUCGUGAUUGACAAUGGGUCAGGUGUUGUCAAAGCUGGCUUUGCAGGAGACCAAAUCCCCAAAUACUGCUUCCCCAACUAUGUGGGUCGUCCGAAGCAUGUACGCGUGAUGGCAGGAGCUCUGGAGGGAGAUCUCUUCAUCGGACCAAAGGCUGAGGAGCACAGGGGCUUGCUGUCAGUACGGUAUCCAAUGGAGCAUGGGAUAGUGAAGGACUGGAAUGACAUGGAGAGGAUCUGGCAGUACGUCUACUCCAAGGAGCAGCUGCAGACCUUCUCAGAGGAGCAUCCCGUGUUGCUGACCGAGGCGCCCCUCAACCCCAGCAAGAACCGGGAGAAAGCCGCCGAGAUCUUCUUCGAGACGUUCAACGUCCCCGCCCUCUUCAUUUCCAUGCAGGCCGUCCUCAGUCUCUAUGCCACGGGCCGCACCACGGGCGUGGUGUUGGACGCGGGCGACGGCGUGACCCACGCGGUGCCCAUCUACGAGGGCUUCGCCAUCCCCCACUCCAUCAUGCGGGUGGACAUCGCCGGCCGCGACGUCUCCCGCUACCUCCGCCUGCUGCUGCGCAAGGAGGGCUACGACUUCCACACCUCGGCCGAGUUCGAGGUGGUCCGCACCAUCAAAGAGCGAGCCUGCUACCUGUCCCUCAACCCCCAGAAAGACGAGACUAUCGAAACGGAAAAGUCUCAGUACACGCUGCCUGACGGGAGCACGCUAGAUAUUGGCCCGGCCAGGUUCAGGGCCCCGGAGCUGCUUUUUAGACCCGAUCUGAUAGGCGAUGAGAGCGAAGGUAUUCACGAGGUUCUGGCCUUCGCUAUCCAGAAGUCUGACAUGGACCUGCGGCGCACGCUAUUCUCCAACAUCGUACUGUCUGGAGGGUCCACACUGCUCAAAGGAUUCGGGGACAGGAUGCUCAGCGAAGUCAAGAAACUCGCACCCAAAGACGUCAAGAUCAAGAUCUCCGCCCCUCAGGAGAGACUGUACUCUACGUGGAUUGGUGGUUCCAUCUUGGCGUCGUUGGACACCUUCAAGAAGAUGUGGGUGUCCAAGAAGGAGUACGAGGAGGACCGAACGCGUGCCAUCCACAGGAAGACCUUCUAACAAGGGGGCGCGUGCCUCCAACCUGCCCCCAGAACUGCCCCUAAGUACCCCCACGAAUACCCCCAGCCACCCUCCACCACCAUCCCCACUUUGCAUAGCUAGCUACUCGCCCAAACAUCUCCAUGUACCCCCACAUUUAACCUGACCCCACCCACCCUCCCCCCCCCCACACACAAACCCCUGGAAGACCUAGGUCUGGUGUGUGUCCUCCUUCCCCCAGCCUGAUCCACCCAGGCCCCCUGUCUGAGCCCAGUCCCCCACCCAGGGGCUGGGUGGUGUAGGUGGGCCACCAGUCAGUACUGUGGACCGCUACUGCUCUUAUUACAGCCCAUGCUAAGCUACACUCUCCUCAACCCUCAAGUAUUCAUAUCAGUCUUUUCCCCUACGAAGCCCAGUAUGGUAUCCCCAUAGCAUCAUGACAAUGAAGGGGAAUGUUUCUUUUCUGCUGUUGUUUAAAAAAGAAGAAAGAAAAAAAAAAACGUUAAAAAAAAAAAUCCAUUCCAAACUGAAGAGAUUUUUUUUUUCUUUUUUCUUUAUUUUUACUCUUCAGUCGUUUCGGUUUUUAAAGCACCAUAUUGUCGGCCACCGUAGAAGUUACAGUUGAUACUAUUUCCCCCCCCCCCCCCCCCCCCUUUUCAAAUGUUCAUUUGUCUGAAAAAGAUGUAUUCGAUACAACACUUAAGAUCUCCCUGUAAACCUGACCUGGGUUUUUAUAUACGGUUAUAAGUCUUUUUAGUUUAAUAUUAGAAAGUAGGGCAUGUUGAAUGGGACCUUUUACAAAGAUGAAUAUCUCAAACUUCUGUCCAGUGUCAAUUCAGCCUCGUAACCCGGUGUAUGUUAGUUUGUGCCCCACUCAGUCAUGUCUGUGGCACUUUAAGCUGUACUUUGAAGACUCGGUAAAAGAAGGCCAGUUUCUUGUGCUCUCUAGUAGUAGAAGGGAAUCCUUUUGGGAGGGGAGAGGUCAGCUGACUAAGGGGUCUGUGGUUGAGCGAGAGGGGGCUAUGGCCGAUAAGCACAUUCAAGAGAUGACCAUGAGCACCCUUCAAAUUUCAUAUAUUGUAUUCCCCCGCACCCCAAAUUCAGCUCAUACUAGCAAUGCAUUCGUCAUAUUUGGCUGCCCCGAGAGCCAUAUAUAAAAAACAAAUGUUUGAACCAGAACUUAUUGAAAGCUAGGUGUAGAAUAGAAACCAUCUCCCCACGCCGUACCCUAAGCAAGUUGGUGAUGUCAUAUGAGUUUUGUACCUUUUAAUUAACCCCCUCUCCCUCCUCUAUACUUGUAGAAGCCUGGCUAUUUUCAUUUCCCCGCAUAUCCAUGGCAGUAAGGGGUUGUGUUUAAACCUGUGUCCGCCUUACUGUGCCUCAGCACAGGAACCUUCGCGUCUGCUUCUGGGUGUUUUUUUCAUAAGUUCAUAAAAGGUUCAUAAAAGGUUCAUAAAAGGUUAUGAACUUCAUCAGCCUUGUGUACAGUGGAACGACGACGACAAAAACAAAACAAAACAAAAAAAAGAAAAUGAGUCAAACGGGACUAAAAAUGUACAAUACUGUUUAUUCAAGUGUUGCUUUUACUUUUUGUUUUGUACAUUCAGUAUAAUAAAUAAGUUAAUGACUGCUGA